UUACUUCCUUUAUAGUAUCGAUUAUUAAAAUAAUUCGUGAAAACCCUACUAUUAGUAAUUCAUACGAACCAACUGAGCAACUAACUGUACCAGCCAUCUAUUUUUCUUAUGAUAAAAAUUUUACCAUAACGUCUUGUCGACUUUUGGAUUAUAAAGGUGAUCUAAAAGAUUAUUGUAAUGAAUACAUUACGCAACCAAUAAUGUCAGACAUUGGUGACAAAACUCGUCCUUUACUUGGAAAAUUUUUACCAAAAGGCAACAUGAAUUUGACCAAAAAUAAUAAUGGAACAGAUCGGGUCAAGCUUUUAAUAAACAACCCUGGUCCUUAUGACACUGGACGUUGGACCAUAGCAAUGAAUUUAUUUGAUUCGCGAUACGAUCCACGGAGUGAAGGUUUUUCUGAUCUAGAAGAUCCAUUCGUUGAAACCCUUGAUUAUAUGAAUUUAUAUUUUUUAUCUAUAGAUAAGUAUUAUGAUUUAAUAUACGCUAGCAAAAUCAGAAACAGGAUAGCUCAACCAGCUUUAACUUACAUUGGCUUUGAACCAACAUACUCUACACAAUAUUACAUUGAAUCAAGUAUACAGGAUACAAAUUUGAAAAAUGGGAUGGACUACAAUCUACUUGUGGAGAUUGAACCAGGAAGCUUUAUGAUAGAAGAGGAAACAGAACAAAGGAGCAAUACUAUUAUAACCACACUAGGAAGUAUUUCCGGUUAUUAUAGCAUUAUUGUGUCUUUUUAUGUAUUUUUAUUUGGAAGUGAUGUAAUCAUACCAUUAGGCUUUGUAUAUAGUCAAUACUGCUGCAUGUUCAAAAGACACCAAGAUGAAGCCAAAGAAAAUCUCUUACCACUUGUGAAAGAUCUACCAUCUGACGCGGAACCAACACUCUUAACACUUUCAAAAAGAGUUGAACAAAUGGAAAAAUUUAAAUUAUUCCUUAAAGAGAAUAUUCUUGACUUGUCAUCGUUAGAGUCUGGAGAAGGUGAUACAAACAAAAACCAAGUAAUGGCAGCAGUAAUAGAAAAAAAAGUUGAUGCAGCAACAAACAAAAACGAACAAUAG